AUGGCACUAAUUGCAAAUGAUACUAAAAGCUUCACCCAUUUUGCAGAUAUAAAUACAAGUGAAUAUUCCCACAAAUUCCUUGAUAAUAAUAUUCUGUAUUAAGGUUAAUUGUUGGAUGAUCAAGCUUUUCACGGUUAUGGCAAGGCAAUCUUUCCUAAUGGGGAUAUAUAUGAAGGAAACUGGAACAAUAACUAAUUGGAUGGUUAUGGAAAGUACACAACAAUAGAUGAAGAAAUUUAUGAAGGUUAUUGGGAAAAAAAUUAGCUGUUGAUAUCAGAAAUGGUGAUUGAUUUACCGAAAUUUGAGACAUAGUUGUUGAAAAAAAUGAUUGAACAAGAGAUUUAUAGUAAAUAUAAGGAAACAGAUAUUAUAAUUUUCGAUGAUGGUUCAUCAUAUAGAGGAUAAUUAACAGAUAACAUAUAGGAUGGUUGGGGAGCUUAAAUUUAUUUGAGUGGUUAAAUGUAUUAAGGUCAAUGGAAGAACGGAAAGUAUGAUGGGUAUGGAAUCAAAUAUUUUUUAAAUGGGGAUGUAUACAUUGGACAUUGGAAGAACGACGAAGCAACUGGUUAUGGGGAAUACAAAUAUUUCGAGGGAGCAUUUUAUCGGGGAUAUUGGCUACACAGCUUUAAACAUUAUUUUGGGAUAGAGUAAUGGAAUGAGACAGCUAAAUACAUUGGAGAAUUCUAGAAAGGAUUUAAACAUGGUAAAGGAAUAUUGACAUUUAAUGAUAAUUCAACUUAUGAUGGAGAAUUUAUUAAUGACGAAAUCCAAGGUUAUGGGGAAUAUCGUUGGGUUGAUGGUCGAAACUAUGUAGGAGGAUGGUAUAAAAAUAAAAUGUAAGGCAACGGGAAAACUACUUGGCCUGAUGGAAGAAUUUAUGAAGGGUCAUAUGAUUAAGACUUGAAAUAAGGGUUUGGAUUGUUUUGUUGGCAAGAUGGUAAGAAAUAUAUAGGAAAUUGGAUGUAAGGGAAAUAACAUGGAAUAGGGAUUAUGUAUGCAUAAAAUGGAGACUAUAAAUUCGGAGAAUGGUUUGAAGGAAAGAGGAAGAGAUGGCUGGAUUAAGUUUAGGAUUCCGACAUAAUUGAGGCAUUUAAAGCUGAUCAUCAAUUUGAAAUUAUUAAGUAGAUUGCCACUGAUAAAACAGAUGAAUCUCCAUUGAAAGCAUCUGAAAGUAUUUGGUCUAUGCCAAGAAUCAGUGACAAACAACUUAUUAGUAGAUUUAGUCUAACUUUGGCUUAGAAAGAUGGCUAAUUUUAUAUUGGUGAAACAAUUAGAGAGGAAAGAUCUGGUAAAGGAAAACUGUUUUCAUAAGAUGGUUCAUUAUAUGAUGGCUAUUGGUCAAAUGAUAAGAGACAUGGAUAUGGCAAGUAAGUCUAUUCAAAUGGUGACACUUAUGAAGGCCAUUGGAUAUGUGACAAGUAAAGUGGAAUUGGUAAAAUGAUUUAUUCGGAUGGUAGUAUAUUGGAGGGAUUUUGGAAUGGUUAAAUCUUGGAUGGAUAUGGAAAGUAAACAUGGCCAGAUGGUUAAUAUUAUGAGGGUUAUUUUUAAAAUUGUUUAAGACAUGGAGAAGGAAAGUUGUUAUUCAAAGAUGGUUCAUAUUAUGAAGGGUAGUUUGAAUCAAAUGAAAUUAUUGGUAAAGGAACUUUUACUUGGAGUGAUGGUUCAUAAUAUAAAGGGUUUAUGAAAAAUGGUUUAAAACAUGGUUAAGGCACAUAUAUUAAUUGCGAUGGAGAUCAUCAUAUUGGAUAGUAAAAAUAGAUAAUAAUAAAUUUUUAGAUUCUACAAAGACACUUGUCAUGGAGAUGGAAAAUCUACAUUGGAUCUUGGUUCCAUGGAGCAAAGCAUGGAAAAGGAACUCUUAAACUUCCAAAUGGAUAAAAGUAGGAAUUGGUAUAUAUUUUUGGUGAAUUAAAAAAUUGA